CUGCAGCUCAGAAUCUGACCAAAGUUCAGGAUGUGACGCUAGUUGACAGCUUCAAACAUUCGAGGCGGGUGUGUUGUGUUUGUCGGGAUUUUGUAAUGUAACUAGCUCAUGUCAGAAACAAAUAUUAAUGUUAUUAGCUACCGUUGAAAUAAUUGGUUUUAUUUUUAAAACCUUGGAUCAAUUUGUGUUUCAAUCCUUGGGUGCGGUGUUCUAUCCUUUUUUUUCUUCGUUUUUUCCUCCCAGUGCAACAGAAUGAGUCUGCAUGAGAUCAAUGAAAACGUGAAACUUGCUCGUGAGUACGCAUUACUUGGGAACUACAGCUCUGCGAUAGUUUGCUACCAGGGAGUACUUGAACAAAUCAAGAAAUACCUUUUUACUGUACGGGACAGUAGUUUCCAACAAAAAUGGCAAAAGGUAUGGCAAGAGAUAAACGAAGAAAACAAACAGGUUCAAGAAAUAAUGACGACUCUAGAAAGUUUUCAACUGGAGACCACCCCAUCCAAAUCACCAAGUAAUCGAGAUGGCAUCAGUGACGUAUGGCCCGUACAAGUAGAGCGCAGAUCCUCUCCUCUUCCGGUUAGGAGGCCCCCGGUUCCCUACAAAGACGGUAAACCUCACAAUAACCGGCUGAAUGUGGCUGGUGUGCGUGCACCGCAUCGCCAGUCACCACGCGGGCCUAACGGUGACCGAGCUAAACCUUUAAAGGGCAAGGAAAAGAGAGAGGGCCCGGCCAAACCAAAAGAUGACAAGAACAAAGCUGAUGUCUCAGAGAAAGAGGUUAAAAGGUUUGAUGGACAAGGAUGUGACAAAGACCUUAUCGAGGCUUUGGAGAGAGACAUCAUAUCACAGAAUCCCAAUGUCAAAUGGGACGAUAUAGCAGACUUGGAGGAAGCCAAAAAGCUUUUAAAAGAAGCUGUUGUGCUACCUAUGUGGAUGCCGGAGUUCUUCAAAGGCAUUCGAAGACCAUGGAAGGGGGUCCUGAUGGUGGGCCCCCCGGGCACAGGAAAGACACUGCUGGCCAAAGCUGUUGCCACAGAGUGCAGAACCACAUUCUUUAAUGUUUCAUCUUCCACACUUACUUCCAAGUACAGAGGAGAGUCAGAAAAACUGGUCCGCCUACUAUUUGAAAUGGCCCGGUUCUAUGCACCCACUACUAUAUUCAUUGACGAGAUUGACUCGAUGUGUAGCCGUAGAGGAACUUCAGAGGAACAUGAGGCUAGCCGGCGGGUCAAGGCCGAGCUACUGGUCCAAAUGGAUGGUGUUGGAGGGGCAUCAGAGAAUGAGGAUCCCUCCAAGAUGGUGAUGGUGCUGGCAGCUACUAACUUCCCCUGGGAUAUCGAUGAGGCUCUGAGACGACGUCUGGAGAAGAGAAUCUACAUCCCUCUGCCUUCAGCCAAGGGCAGAGUGGAGCUGCUGAGGAUCAAUCUGAAGGAGCUGGAGCUGUCCAACGAUGUGGACAUGGCAAAGAUAGCAGAACAGAUGGAGGGGUACUCCGGAGCGGACAUCACCAAUGUGUGCAGGGACGCCUCUCUGAUGGCCAUGCGACGGAGGAUUGAGGGGUUGACGCCAGAAGAGAUCCGUAACCUCUCCAGAGAUGAGAUGCACAUGCCCACCACCAUGGAGGACUUUGAGUCUUCUUUGAAGAAAGUCUCCAAGUCGGUUUCUGCUUCAGACCUCGAGAAAUAUGAGAAGUGGAUCGAAGAGUUUGGCUCCUGCUAGUGUUUAUUAAGGACGUCUGCAGCACCUCCUCUGCUUGGCGGGGCGGGGUCUUCCCUUCAUUUGUAAAUUAUAUUUUAGGCCAGGCGAUGCAACGUCUCUUGAAGUACAUUAGGGUAACCAUAUGCACUUAACUUCUAUUAUGGCCCAAAAUAAAACAAGGAUAGUAGAAUACAUUCCAAAAUGUUUUAGUAGGGUCCAUUUAUACUUGAGUGACAAUUUGCACUGCUAGGUCUCUUGACAGCAAAUCCUAUGAUCAUUUGUAGAACAUCUUUUACUAUCAAAGUAUCAGGUCUUUAGGUUUUAUCUGGUAAAAUACUGUUUGGGUAUCUGUUAAUCAAAGUUAUUACUGUACAUUUUAUUUUAUACACAAUUUUAUUUUCUAAAUGUAUGUUUAGGGAGAAACUGGUUCUCAUCACAUUUUGUGAAUUUAUAUGCUAUCAUAGAACACUAACAAUGCUUUGU